GGUUUCCAGCCAUUCGAGACCUAAGAUGGCGGACCGGCGGCGAAGGAGGAAGCGCGCGUCCCAGGACAGCGACGACGACGACGAGUCCGGUUCGGGUUCGGACAGCGGGAGGUCAGGGUCUCCUGCUACUAAGAACCGGGGGAAAGAACCCGAACCGCCGGAGCCGACAGUGACACGGGUGGAGGCGAAGAGCGACGCGGAGUCCGAGUGUGAGAGUGAAGAUGGAGUAGGAGAAGCUGUCCUCUCCGACUAUGACAGCGCCGAUCCGGAGGAUAAUGGCUCCCAUUCAGAGGGAGUGGAGGAAGAAGAGGAGGCUGAACGUGUAAGCGAUGAAGAGGCCCCUGCAGCAGCCAGCGAGUCCAAACCUUCCGCUGCUGAUGUUCCACCAGAGGAGGAGGAGGAGCAGCAGCAGCAGCAGCAUCAAGGGGAAGAUGAGGCGGUGGAAGAGGAAGCAGUGGAAGAGGAGGUGGAGGCAGAGGAGGAGAGGGUAGAGGAGAGUAAAGAGGAGAGUAAAGCAGAGGAAAAGGAAGACCUGGCCGGAGAGAGACAGAGUGGUGACGGACAGGAGUCGACAGAUGACCCUGAAACAAAGACGGGAGGAAAACCGGGUCAGAAGCUGGACGAUGACGAGGACAGAAAGAACCCGGCCUUCAUCCCGAGGAAGGGUCUGUUCUUCGAGCACGAUGUGAGAGGAAACACUCAAGAGGAGGAGAGACCAAAAGGUCGCAACAGGAAGUUGUGGAAGGACGAGGGUCGCUGGGAACACGACAAGUUCAGGGAAGAGGAGCAGGCGCCGAAGAGCCGCGAGGAGCUCGUUGCCAUGUACGGUUACGACAUACGGAACGGAGGCGGGCACGGGGACCGAACAUACCGUCAGCGCCGACCCAGACAGAACAUGUCUCCCAACAGAGAUAAGCGGUGGAGAGACGGAGGAGAGCGACCAGUCCGAACCUGGCAGGGUGGAGGAGGAGGUCUGAACCGAGGAGGGGCUCCUCAACCUUCUUCCAAUCAUCCAUCCUCUACACCCCCAUCCUCUCUCCAUUUCUCCUCUGCUCAGCGUGGCAGCAAUCCCUCCAGACCUCCCCCCUCCCGCAGCAGACCCCCCCACCAGAGCCAGAUGCACCUUCCGCCUCAGUCCCAGUACAGGAACCACGAAUCAAAAGGACCCCAGACACAUCCCAGAGAACGCCAGGGCUCUAGAGCUCCGUCCGACCCCGCAGGAGAGCGGUUCAGCAGGGGAGGACGAGCUGGUGGUGGGGGCAGGGGAGGUCCCUCUGUGGUCAUUGAGGAUGUUACAGUCAGCCAAGGAGGUGUUAGGGAUCAGGACCUCAGUGCUGUAACCACAGCUGUGGCAUCACAGCCUGGUGGUUAUCAGUCUGCAUCGCCACGACGACAUCAGCAGGAUCAUAGAGGAAGCACGGACAGAACUGCACAAGGAUUGGCUGCUCCUUCCUCCAACACUGACCCUGCUCUGCAGUCGUCUACACCCCCAGUGACCAAUCGGGAGGCCUCCCCUCCCACAGAGCGACCCGUGGAGCGUAAAUCAUAUGCACUGGCUCGCAGGACUCGCUCCCGGCCCGCGGAUCUGGGCAGCAAACAGCCAUCUGUGGAGGAGUCUGCAGCCGGAGGGAACGCCUCCUCCCCCAGCAGCGUGGGAGGGAAGAGCUGGGCGAGUACAGGCGACAGCUCAAGUCAGACCGGAGGAGGAGGAGCGCUGGCAGAACUUGACCAGGACGUUGCUCGACUCAGUCUGGCAGGACAAAGCUGGAGCCAGAGCCCGACGUCCUACAUCCGCUCUGACAUGAGAGUUAAAUUUCCAUCUGCAGGCCUCCCCAACACCAUGCACCUCCCCAGCGGCCCGCCUCCCUUCUCCAGCAUUGAGGAGAUAGGUGUCGCCUCCAACCGGGCCAAACGCUACUCCUCCCAACGUCAGCGAGCCGUACCAGAGCCAGCACCGCCCAUGCAUCUGGGGGUGAUGGAGGGACACUACUACGAACCAAUGUCAUACCAGGGACCAAUCUACGCCCACGGGGAAGGCCCCGCCCCCAUCCCGCCCCAAGGCAUGCUGGUCCAGCCAGAGAUGCACCUUCCCCACCCUGGUCUCCAUCCCCACCAAUCAGGUGGCCCUAUCGCUAACCCCGCCCUCUAUGGAGGCCCUCCUGUCUCUCUGUCGCCAGGGCAACCACCACAGCAGCUGCUGCCACCACCUUUCUACCCUCCACCGGGGGUCAUGACUUUCCCGUACCCCACCAUGUACCCUACUCCGCAGGCUCAGGCACAAGUGACCUACGGAGGUGUAACGUACUACGACACCAUGCAGCAGCAGGCUCAGCCCAAACCCUCGCCCCCCCGCCGCACGUCCCAGCCCGUCACCAUCAAGCCCCCUCCAGAGGUGCACUUCGUAUCAGAGUGACCUCGCCCCUCACCCCUCCCCGCCUCCCAGUCUUAGCCUCACUCUGAUCGCAAAACUACAGGAGCGGGAUGGGAGGGUCAGUGAGGAGCUGCGGUCUCCAACAGCAGCCAUCAGAUAUCCAGGGAGGGACGAGAGGACGGACUCUGCAGGUGGAAUCAGACUCUGGUUUUCUUUUCUUUCUUAGUUUUCGGGCCUGUAGCAGGCGGGUGAACCGCGCACAGACUGUUCUGUUACUCAGCGUCGGAGGUUCUGUCCCACCAACGUGUCUUCGAACCUGAAAACGUCUCUCUGAUGAGUUCAAACCCUUUAGAGCCUCUUUGAAGCAUUUACCUUCAUACAGAGUUACAAACACGGUUAGAAUCUGAGCUGUCGGGGAGGUGUGUUGGGAUCAUGUUUUUUUUUUCUUUUUUCUGUUAGCUCCUUUUCAUAGUGAUGUGUUCGGUUCAAACAGAAGUCAGACUGAAUCCAGGCAAUAUAAAACAGUGUGCAGACACUUUUUGUUAGCCAUUUACUUUACACUGUACAGCAGCUGUUUUUGUGACCAACAGGAGGUGAAUAGAUAUCUAUGUUAAAGCAGAGGAAAUCUACGGUUUGAGCGGUGUUUGUGUGUGUG